AUGAAGUCGUGCUUUCGCAGUUUUCGUGGUUUCUGUACUCUUAUAGUCCUCCUCUCAAUUCUCUCAUCAAUUUCGUUACUCCAUUGGUCUCAUUCCUCUCUACCGUUCUACUUCCGUGAUCAAAGACUGGAGGUGGGAACUGGAAUGGGAACGGGGUUGAGCCCAAACCACCCCAUUGAUCUCCUAACGUUCCCAUUAGCGUGGAACCAUCUUUCAUUCCCCUCUGACCCGCCUUCAAAACUCCUAAAAAUUGCCCUCUUUGUCAAGAAAUGGCCCGACAGGCACCAUGCCGGUGGGCUAGAGCGACAUGCUUUAACACUUCACCUUGCUUUGGCUAAACGAGGUCAUGAGCUUCAUGUCUUCACCGCUACCUCUUCUAACUUUUCAUUCCCAAAAUAUUCUUUCGAGAAUUUACAUUUCCACCUCUCAAAACCCACGGCUGCAGGUUAUCUCGAUCAAGCUGUGGUUUGGGAACAAUUCCUAGCUCAAAACUUGACAGAGAGACCGUUUGAUGUAGUUCACACAGAGAGUGUAAGCCUAAGGCAUACUCGGUCCAAAAAUGUCUCAAAUUUGGCGGUUUCUUGGCAUGGAAUCGCAUAUGAGUCCAUACAUACGGAUAUAAUUCAAGAACUCUUGAGAGAACACAAUGAGAGCCAAGCCAACCAGUUGACUGAAAGAGGUCCGAAAGUAGUUGAAGAGAUUAAAUUCUUCCAAAAAUACGCCCACCACGUGGCUACAAGUGAUCAUGUUGGGGAUAUCUUGAAAAGGAUCUACAUGAUCCCAGAUAACAGAGUUCAUGUUAUACUCAAUGGUGUAGAUGAAGAAGUUUUCAAACCUGAUGACGAAAAGGGUCAAGACUUUAGGUCAAAUUUCAGAAUCCCGCCAUCAAAAUCAUUAAUUUUAGGAAUGGCGGGUAGACUGGUUAAAGAUAAAGGACACCCUUUAAUGUUUGAAGCUCUAAAGCAGAUAUUUCUUGAGAACUCAACUUUUAAGGAAACCGUAAUGGUUCUAGUUGCCGGUGAUGGUCCAUGGGGUACUAGAUAUAAGGAUCUGGGACCUAACUUGCUCGUUUUGGGUCCUCUACAACAGGGUCAACUGGCUAGAUUCUACAAUGCUAUCGACAUCUUUGUGAACCCAACUAUUCGGGCUCAAGGAUUGGAUCACACUUUGUUAGAAGCUGUUCUCUCUGGCAAACCGUUGAUGGCUACAAAGCUUGCUAGCAUCACAGGCUCAGUAAUCGUGGGAAAGGAACAUGGGUAUACAUUUUCACCUACCAUAGAUUCACUCAAAAAGUGUCUUUAUGAGGUCUGGCAAGACGGGAGAGUAGUUUUGGAGCAGAAGGGCAAGGUGGCUAGAGAAAGAGGCAUAAAGCUUUUUACUGCAACAAAAAUGGCAGCUGCAUAUGAAAGACUAUUUCUAUGCCUCUCAAAUGAUAAAAAGAACCAAGAUUACUGCAAAUAUUAGCCGCUUGAUGGUUUUGGCACACGACAGGGGAACCGACCCAACUUCAACAGUUCAAAAAAAAAGAC